UGAUCAAAUUCCUUAAGAUACUAAUUAAAGUAAUGUUAAAUUCAUUAUUUUUUACACAACUUAAUAUAUAAAUAAAUAAAUAAGUACAAAAUAAUUAUUACCUAAUCACAAACUAAGCCCUGAAUCAUACAACUCCCAUUACGCCCAUUUUAGGUAUUUCUGAGUGAGAAAAAAGUGUGCCUACGUAUGAGCUACGUGACAACACUUUUUUCUCAACAAUGCCCCCAACCAAGCCCAAAAACACAUAACCUUUCGUAUUUUAGGUUCCAAUACAACACAAAGCUAAUGUAUCUUCAUUCAGCAUUUGAGAAGCUUAUUACAAAACUGAUGCAUUGUAUUCUCGAGUUAAGAAAAUGAUGAGAUACGGCAAAAACAAGGGAGAAGAGUAAAAGAUGAGGACAUUGAUAUGACAUUUUACUAUUUAUUUAACAUUUUACUUGGUAGACCAGUAAGCUUGCUAUGAAGUGUUGUGCAAUCUUCUAUUCAAGGUCCAUAGAUUCGAAGCAUCAAGUAUUAAUAUAAACAAACAAAGAAAAGAGUGCAAACGGAACGACAAGUAAUCAGGCAUACACUGACAAAAGAUAUGCAUUUUUAAUUAAACGAUAAUCGUGAUUGGAAGAAGGCCAAGUUGUCUUUUCACACAGAUCUCUCGUUUGGAGUCUGAUUGCUUGUCACUUCAUCGUUUGUCUUCACCCAUGGGAGAUUGAUCAACCGGUAGACAAGAACAUAAACCCAAAGCUUCUACUAGUCAGCUGGUAUUGUAAUUUAAGUAUAUGAUUAAGGACGGUAUGCUUAAUUUUGUCUGCUACUGUGCUCGGGACCCCAUAUAAAUAUAUAUAUUAGUGGUUCCCUUCUUCCCAACAGUAGUAUAUCUUCCUAGCUAGCAUGUCCAACGAUUUCGAAGAAGAUGACGAGCAGUUCCACCACCAUCCUAGACUCAACCAAUCACAUGAUGCCCCUACAACAACCUUGAAACUAAAGAAGAAACGCAAUCUCCCUGGGAAUCCAGACCCUGAUGCGGAAGUUGUGGCCUUGUCUCCAAGGACUCUAAUGGCUACAAAUCGGUAUAUAUGUGAAGUGUGUCACAAAGGAUUCCAGAGGGAUCAGAACCUUCAACUCCACAGGAGGGGCCACAAUUUGCCAUGGAAGCUAAAGCAAAGGCCAGUCAACAUUCAAGUGAAAAAGAGGGUGUAUAUUUGUCCAGAGCCAAACUGCGUGCACCAUGAACCUACUCGGGCUCUAGGUGACUUGACUGGCAUAAAGAAGCAUUUCUGUAGGAAGCAUGGAGAGAAGAAAUGGAAGUGUGACAAGUGCUCCAAGCGUUAUGCUGUACAGUCUGACUGGAAAGCUCAUGCCAAGAUUUGCGGCACACGUGAAUAUCAUUGUGAUUGUGGAACCAUCUUUUCAAGGAAGGACAGCUUCGUGACCCACAGAGCCUUUUGUGAUGCACUAACUGAGGAAGCUGGAGGACCAAAUAUCAUGAUGAGAGACACCAACCAUGAUAAAUCAUUACAGUCUACGGAUUUUGAUCCCAUGUUUAAUCUGCGGCCAUGCUUCGGGGAACCCAAUAACUCUCCCAUGGCUGCUGCUUAUACCUCAGCCACUGCCUUGCUACAGAAAGCAGCAGAGAUGGGUGCAAAGGUAAGUGACAGCACCGUCACCCCAAUUCUCUUGAGGGGAUUCACUGGCUACUCCACCACCCCCAUGGAUACCACUGCCGGUGGCUUACAUGCUAGUAUAAGCCCAGAAAUGUUUGCUGGUUAUGGUAUCAGUACUACUACUGAUAAAAGUGGGUUAUACGAUUCUUCUCUUCUCAUGCAUUCAUCAAAAGGCAACCUCUUUGAAAGGCAAGAAUUCAUGGGAGGCAGUGAGAAAAUUAUGACAGUUGAUUUCUUGGGAGGUGGUCUUUGUGGGAAGAGAGACUAUAACGGGAACUUGGUGGGAAUGCCUUAUUCAAAUAGUCUACACCAGCAACAAUUAGACUAGUGAACUGAUCAAUCAUUGACCUGGCUUUUGCUAAUUCAGAUACACUUGAUUACCUCAUCAACUUUUAUUUAUUUGCUACUUUUAAGUGGUGAACACCAUUGAUGGUUUUGUUUGAGGUCCUAAAGAUAAUAAAAUUUCAAGUUUUUCAAGUUU